CCGCCGAGCACGGCUGAGGUUGAUGGCGAACACGAAGCCGGUUCGUCUAUCUAGCAGUCACAGAACCACGGGCGCUCCAUAGUCGAGUCGCCAUAGCUGCCCCGCUUCCUAGGCGUGCUCUCUCGAAUCUAGACCAUACCUAGUCCGGACCAUCGCGAGCUUGCAAUGGGUGCGCCAUCGCCGCUUACAUGACACGAACACGGCCGUAGUCCGCUGGCCCUUGCAAGGGGCGUGCUGCCGCUGCCGCGCUCCCUCGCUCCCUGACCAGUACCUGGGAUUGGGUCUACAUGCAUUGCGGCUAUAUCUCAGCCAUACGCGCAUGCGGUGUUUUGCUUCCUAGCAGUCCGAAUCUCUCUCGCUACUCCGUCGCCCCGAUUCUGCCCCUUCGACCGCGAAGAUGGGUUUCAUCGCACGAAAGAAGGCUGCCCUCAACGACUGGGUUUCAAACUCGUUCGUGGGCUGGUUCUUUCAUCUCGAUGGUUCGGGCCAUCCCAAUGCGAUCAAAAAUGCCCGCUUCACCACCGAGAUUAAGGCUGGACUGAUCACGUUUCUGACAAUGGCCUACAUCAUCGAUGUCAAUGCCUCCAUUCUUGCCGACAGCGGAGUUACAUGUGUUUGCAACAAUCCCACGGAUAAAUUCUGCUUUACAGACGAGCCUUAUAUCCAAUGCGUCCUCCAGGCCGAACGCGAUCUGAUUACAGCCACCUCUGCCAUCUCAGCGUUCAGCACGUUCCUCAUGGGCAUAAUGGCCAACCUGCCUGUCGCACUGGCGCCCGCUCUUGGUUUAAAUGCAUAUAUUACCUACCAAAUGGUUGGCUACCACGGCACAGGUCCCAUCAGCUACAAUGUAGCCAUGACAUCCGUUUUUGUUGAAGGCCUCAUCUUCGUUGUUUUGUCACUCACUGGAAUCCGACAGUGGCUCAACAGACUGAUACCCGCCUCGAUCAAACACGCGUGUGGCGGUGGCAUAGGCCUGUUCCUCGCUUUGCUUGGUCUUUCGUAUGCCACGGGUUUGGGUGCGGUCACAGGUGCCAAAGUCACGCCUCUUGAGCUGGGUGGCUGCCCGUACGAAUAUCUUGAUCCAGCCACGGGCUCCUGUCUUUCGCACAAGGCGAGCAAUCCCACCAUGUGGCUUGGAGUCCUUGCCGGUGGUAUCCUGACUGCCGUCCUGAUGACGCACCGGGUCCGAGGUGCCAUGAUCAUAGGAAUUCUUGUGGUAGCCAUCUGCUCCUGGCCCCGCGAUACAUCACUGACCUACUUUCCCCGUACAACCGAAGGAGACGGUCGGUUUGACUACUUCAAGAACGUAGUCAAGCUCCCCACAAUCCAGAGCACGCUUGUUGUACAGCAGUGGGACCUGUCAAACGAGGGCUGGCAUUUUGCUUUGGCUGUCUUUACUAUGCUUUACGUCGACAUCCUGAGCGCGACAGGUGCUUUGUACUCCAUGGCACGCUAUGCUGGCCUUGUCGACCCCGAAACCGGUGACUUUCCGCGGAGCACCCUCGCAUAUACCGCUGACGCCAUCUCUGUCACACUCGGCUCUCUCCUUGGGGUGUCCCCAACUACGGUCUUUGUCGAAUCGGGCACUGGAAUCCAGGCAGGAGGUAGAACUGGGUUAGCCGCAAUGGCAACGGCCCUUUGCUUCGUGGUCUCUCUCUUCUUCAGCCCCAUCUUUGCUUCGAUCCCUCCGUGGGCUACGGGCGGCGCGCUGGUUCUUAUUGGAUGUAUGAUGAUGCGUGGCGUGGGAUCUAUCAACUGGAACUACUCUGGUGACGCUAUCCCGGCCUUUGUAACGAUGAUUUUCAUGCCCUUUUCAUACUCGCUUGCCUACGGUCUCAUUGCAGGCAUCCUAUGCUACGUCCUAAUUAAUACCUCCAGCUGGGCGAUUGGCUUAGUCUCUGGCGGGCGAUGGCUUCCUCCUGAUUAUGAUGACAGGGAGUACUGGUGUCUCCUUCCUGAUGCGCGCCACGAACGUCCUUGGAUAUUCCGCGCGUUUAUGGGUGAGCGUCAUUUCUGGAAAAACGAAGAGCAGGAUUCGUUUGAGCUAGCUUCCACGGAAUGCCAGUUUGAAACAACGGUCCAGGGGAGGAAGGUUUAA